AUGAAUGUUAAACUUAUUGCAGGAGUUUUGAAGUUCAGUUAUGCGAAGGAGUUUAAGAUACCAAGAAUGAGUCAUAGAGUACAACUUCUUUUGGGAGCAUACCAUAUGACAUUUCCUUUGAAAAGUGUUGACAAAACGAUUGAGAUGAAAUCUGUUCCAUACGUAUGUUAUGGUAAUUGUUUGUACAUUGAGUCAAAAAUAGCUAAUGUCACAGGUAUUUCAGGAGUUAAUAGUAAAGGUUCAGUAGAAUAUAAAUCCUUCUGUUAUGCAGUCAAUUCAAUGUUCAUUCCAAACGUUCCUGUCAUAGCAACUCAUUUAGGUAAAUGGGUUCGCAUUAGUCCUCAUAAUUUGAAAGACAUGCAAUUCAGACUUGUUGACUUUCAAGGAGAGCCUGUAGAACUGAAGGCACCAGUGCGAAUGACUGUUGAAGUUGACUUUUUAGAAAAUAUUAAAUGCAACAGCUUACAAGAGAACUCAGAGCUAAAAAUAUAA